GGAAGUGUAACUUGCAGAACUUCUGACCUGUGCGCAGUUGGGGCAGCGCUCUGUUUCAUACCAGCUGGAGUAGGAUUACAUGAAAGUGCAGGUUACUACAUUAUCAAACCACAGAAAUGGCUUUGUCUUUUGAGGGAAGAGUGGUGCUUGUCACCGGAGCAGGAGCAGGCCUCGGGAGAGAAUAUGCUCUGACUUUUGCUGAAAGAGGAGCCUCAGUUGUAGUGAAUGACCUUGGUGGUGACAUUAAAGGGGGUGGAAAGAGUUCUGCAGCUGCUGAUAAGGUGGUGGAGGAGAUAAGAGCAAAAGGAGGCAAGGCCGUGGCCAACUAUGAUUCUGUAGAAGCGGGAGAAAAAUUGGUCCAGACAGCACUUGAUGCAUUCGGCCGAAUAGAUGUUGUUGUAAACAAUGCUGGGAUUCUCCGGGACCGAUCCUUUGGUAUGAUCAGUGAUACGGACUGGGACUUGAUUCACAGAGUUCACCUGAGAGGCUCCUUCCUGGUGACCCGAGCAGCCUGGGGCCACAUGAAGAAACAGAAGUUUGGCAGAAUCAUUAUGAUCUCCUCAGCUGCCGGCAUCUAUGGUAACUAUGGCCAGGCCAACUACAGCGCUGCCAAGCUGGGCUUGCUGGGUCUGGCAAACACCUUGGCAAUCGAAGGAAGAAAGUACAACAUCCACUGCAACACUAUUGCUCCGGUUGCAGGGUCACGCCUCACAGAAACGGUCAUGGCCCAAGAUCUUGCGGCAUCUCUGAAGCCUGAAUAUGUUGCUCCGCUGGUCCUCUGGCUCAGCCAUGAUCAGUGUCAGGAGAACGGCGGACUCUUUGAGACUGGAGCUGGCUGGAUUGGAAAACUGCGUUGGGAACGCACCCAAGGCCACGUGUUGAGAACGAAGAACGAAGGCAUUACGGUUGAGGCUGUCAGAGACCAAUGGGACAAAAUUUGUGAUUUUUCAGACUCAAACACACCAGCAAAUUUACACGAGUCUCUUCUCUCGAUUAUAAAUGCCUUGCAACAAGUGGACUCAGAGGAUGGAGUCGUGGCCAAUCACACAGCUUCUGCAGUCCCAGAUUUUACUGCAGCAGUGGGACAGAAAUUACCUGCGGCAUCAUUUACCUACGAUCACAUGCGUACCAUUCUCUAUGCACUGGGGGUCGGCAUGUCCACAAAGGACCCUGAUCACCUCAGCUUCCUGUAUGAAGGCCAUCCAGACUUCAGCUGCUUCCCUACCUAUGGGGUCAUUCUCUCCUUCUCAUCAUUGAUGGGGUCACUCCCUGGACUCGGCCUCGAUUUAACUAAGGUUUUGCAUGGUGAGCAAUAUCUGGAGCUGUACAAACCUCUACAGACCUCAGGUACUGUGACUUCUGAAGCCACCGUCGCUGACAUUUUGGACAAAGGCACCGGAGCCGUCAUUGUUUUGGACAUUCACACCUACUGUGACAACGAGCUGUUGUGCUUCAAUCAGAGUACAAUAUUUGUGGUUGGAGCUGGAGGCUUUGGAGGAAAGAGAAACUCAGAUAAAGUUAAAAACACGGUGUCUCCACCUCAGAGGCCUCCUGAUGCUGUGGUGACAGAGAGUACAUCAGUGGACCAAGCAGCCUUGUACCGUUUGUCUGGCGACUUUAAUCCUCUUCACAUCGACCCCAGCUUUGCUGCGAUGGCAGGCUUGAAGUCACCGAUCCUUCACGGCCUGUGCUCGUUCGGCUUCGCAGCCAGACAAGUCCUUAAGCAUUUUGCAAACAAUGACCCUUCUAGAUUUAAGGCUAUCAAGGUUCGCUUUUCAAAAAUGAUGAUACCUGGUCAGUCCCUGACGACGGAGAUGUGGAAGGAAGGCAACAGGAUUCACUUCUCUUCCAAGGUUUUGGAGACUGGCGUUGUCGUGCUGUCAGGAGCCUAUGUGGACUUACACGAAGGGUCAGAUGCUUCUCCAGAAAAUCUCACUCAAGGGCAUCUGCAGAGCGAGCUGGUGUUUGCGGAGAUCGGACGUCGUAUCAAGGAGCAUGGCUCAGAGUUGGUGAAGAAGGUGAAGGCUGUCUUCAGCUGGGAGAUCACAAAAAAUGGAAAGAACGCAGCGGAGUGGACCAUCGAUCUGAAGAAUGGCAGUGGUUCUCUGCACCAAGGUCCUUACAGUGGCAAAGCAGACGUCACCAUCACAGUGUCUGAUGAGGACUUCAUGGAGGUGGUGAAGGGAACACUCAGGCCACAACAGGCCUUUUUCUCAGGUAAGUUGAAGGUGAGAGGGAACAUCAUGCUGAGUCAGAAGCUAGAGGUCAUUCUGAAGGACUAUGCAAAGCUGUAGGAGACCUGGAGCAGCAGUCUGUCCAAUCACCUGACUUCAGGGCGUGACCAAUGGUCCACUUACGUUCUCCAUCUGACCACUUACGACGUUUUUCCUUUUGACAGAAAUACAAAACUAACUUAGAGGUGACGACCUGUGAAAUAAUAAAUGUCAUCUCAAGUACAGCUGUAGUAAUCAUCUAAGUCUCACUGUAAAUUAUUUUGAGUUGAGCCUGUGCUUCAUUAAUGACGCUUCAUUAUACCUGCCUAUAAUGUUUUUAUAAUCUACUCCAAUCUUUUCAUAAUCAGAUCAGAUUAUAGUAAAGACGUAUCCCUGAUCGUACCGUAUUUUCCGCACUAUAGGGCGCACUUAAAACCCUUUAAUGUUCUCCAAAAUUGACAGUGCGCCUUAUAACCCGCUGCGCCUUAUGUAUUACUUCCGGUUGUGCUUACUGAGCUCGAACCGAUUUCUUAAAGCCAAACCACACAGCGCAUCACACAUGAUGGCACACAACUGAAGCACACUGGGAGCCAACAAUGACGUUUAACUCUUUUAAUUAACAAUUAGAAGAAGAUCAACAACAAUUGUGUUUUUGUGUUGUCGAUGUAUGGUGCGAUGCAGGACGACUCAGACGCACGGCUGUUGAUUUCGACAUAUCUCUGUCUAUAUUUAUCUGUGACUCCAUGCGUGCCCAUCUCACCGAUAUUGUCAAAACCCAAGUGAAACAAACUAAUUCGGGACUUGCCAUCAUUCCGGGUGGAUUAACCACUGAAUUCCAACCGCUAAAUAUUGGUGUUAACACGGCGUUUAAAGUUAAAGUGUAGGAGCACUGGAUGACAGAAGGCGAACACACAUUCACCAAGACAGGGAGGCAACGCCGGGUGAGUUACGCUACUGUCUGCUAAUGGAUCGUGGAUGUCUGGGCUAAGGUAUCAGAUUCAAAUGUUGUUCGAGCUUUCACGAAGGCCAGAAUCAUCACUGAACAACUAAUUAACAACAACGAGACUGACUCGGAUAUUGACGAGAGUGAUCCAGACAUGCUUGAUUGACUGUUUUGUUUUGCUUAAUGGGCCUUAUAAUGCCUUAUGGUCAGAAAAAUACAGUAAAUUAGCAACAUCCUGAGACUGUUUACUUAGAAUUACUGACGAAUGUCGGUGUAGAAUCAUACUGUGGUGUUCAUCAUCAUGAUGUCUUCAGAUGAUGUCAUUUCGAUUAGAUCUGUAUAACACUUCUAAAUAUUUUCUGAAAAUAAAUUAAUAAAGAUCUCUUAAUAAA